AUGAAACAUCUUAUUACUGUUUGCAUCGUGGUCUUGUGGGCAUAUGCAUACCCAAGCAUGUCUCAAAUGUUGUCUGAAUCAUCUAUUAUUAAAGCACAUCAGCAAUGGAUGACAAAGUAUGGAAUCACAUAUACAAAUAGUUCCGAAAUGCAGAAACGCUUCCGGAUAUUCAAAGAAAAUUUAGAUUAUAUUGAGAAGUUUAAUAGUGCUGGUAAUAAGACCUAUACGCUCGGCUUAAAUCCAUAUUCUGAUUUAACAACGGAAGAGUUUAAGGCUUCCUACACUGGACUCAAACUUCCAAGCCAUGCUUAUUCCUCCAAAACCAUAUCAAAUGAAGUACUCUUCAACAUCAGUACCGAUAAUAUUCCAACAAGUAUCGAUUGGAGAGAGAGAGGAGCGGUGACCGAUGUUAAGAGACAAGGAAAAUGUGAUAGUUGUUGGGCUUUUGCAACUGUGGCGGCCGUAGAAGGUUAUUGGAAAAUAACAAUGGGCACUCUGUUGACAUUGUCCGAGCAACAACUAAUUGAUUGCGAUAACGGUAGCCACGGGUGUAGCGGUGGUAAUAUGCGCAGUGCCUUAGAUAAUAUAAUAGCAAACCGAGGUAUUUUUGAAGAAUAUCAAUAUCCAUACAGAGAAAGUCGUGGGAUAUGCGAAAAAAGGGAUAUGACAAAAGCUAAAGCUUACAUAACUUGUGCCAUAAGGCUAAAAAGAAAUGAUGAAGAAAAUUUAUUAAGAGCCGUGGCAGAACAACCUGUGGCAGUUGCAAUCUCUAUUGGGCAGGACUUUUUUAAAUACAAGGGAGGGGUUUAUUCAGGAUCAUGCGGAACCUUUCUAGACCACGGGGUUACUAUAGUUGGUUAUGGAACAACUGUAACAGGAUUGAAAUAUUGGUUGAUUAAGAAUUCAUGGGGUAAAAAUUGGGGUGUGGAUGGAUACAUGAAGAUACAAAGACAAGGUGGUGGACCUGAAGGUCAUUGUAGCAUUGCUUUUUAUGCUGUUAUUCCCUGUAUAUAUUGA